UAAUUUGUAUUUAACAGUAUGUUGUUUUUUUUGCUUUGUAUGGUAUUAACAAUGGCAUUUUACUCGACUCUCGUUUACACGCUCGUGACAUCUCGCGAUGUUUUGAUUACGAUGGCGUAUCAGGAAGGAGAGUCGCUUGAAUCCUGGCUCAAUAAAGCCACCCAUCCAACAAACAGACAAGAGGACUGGGAGUAUAUCAUUGGCUUCUGUGACCAAGUCAACAAAGAACUGGAAGGCCCCCAAAUUGCAAUCCCACUACUGGUCCAUAAGAUCCACUCACCACAAGAAUGGGAAGCUCUUCAGGCACUUACAGUGUUAGAGGCGUGCAUGAAGAACUGCGGGAGCAGGUUUCAUAACGAAGUUGGGAAAUACCGAUUUUUAAACGAGCUAAUUAAAGUUGUGUCUCCAAAGUACAUGGGCGACAGUGCACCUGAGAAGGUGAAAAGAAAGAUUGUCGAAAUGCUGUACAGCUGGACCGUCGCCUUCCUCACUGAGCCCAAGAUAAAUGAAGCCUACCAAACAUUGAGAAGACAAGGGCUGGUGACCCGAGAUCCAGAGUUGCCGCCGGACCGGACUUUGAUUCCCUCUCCGCCCACACGGCCGAAACAUCCAGUGUUCGACAACGAGGACAUGGGGAAGCUCCUUGCUGAGCUUCUCCGCAGCAAAAACCCCGAAGACCUCCAGGAAGCCAACAGGUUAAUCAAAAAUAUGGUGAAAGAGGACGAGGUGCGCGUGCAGAAGGUGUCAAAGCGCAACAACACGCUGGAGGAGGUCAACAUCAACGUCAAGCUCUUGACCGAGAUGCUCUCCCACUACGACAAAGACACCUCGUCGGAGUCCGACAAGGAGAUUAUGAAGGAACUGUGCGAGCGCUGUGAUCAGCUGAGACGGGCCGCUUUCAAAAUGGCCACUGAGGCAGAGGACAACGACACCAGUUUAGGUGACAUCCUGCAGGCUAGUGACGACCUUUCCAGAGUCAUCAACUCCUACAAGAAAAUAGUGGAGGGGUUGGCUGUCAACGGAGACGGCCAGGAGCCUCGUGGACACACACGCAGCGAUCUCCCAGAGACAACUGACACACUCAUCGACUUGACCGUCACGGACCCGCCGAGUCCUCCUGGACCGGCAGCGGCACCGGCCCCCGUCCCGCUAUCGGGCGCUCUCUCCGACAUCUUGGGCCACUCAUCCGUCCCCGCCCUGCCGCCGCCUCCCAAUCAGCCGCCGGGCCCGCUGGCCGCUCUGGGAGGCAGCCCGGGUCACCCUCCGCCUGACACAGCCUGCGACGCACUCUCGCUUCUUGAUCAUGAGCUGCUGUCAUUAGGACUAACUGAUGACCACCCCGCAUUACUGAGCAACCAGUCCAAAGCAAAUCCAAACAAGGCAUCCAAUCAGUGGAGUUCCUUGCAGGCCCCUGCGACAAGUACAGAUUUGUUUGGCGGUCCGGCGGCAUUCUUGCCCCCAGCAGAAGCUGACGUUCCCUCACUCCAGAACCUUCAAGACCUGGCUCUCAUGGGCUUCCCCAAUCAUAAGAGUGGCACACCAAUGGGAAGUUUUGGGGGACCCACAGUGGUUCCUCCUCCCACGGCCGGGUCGAGCUCCCCCUCUCCAGCAUCUUUUAUCCAGGGUGCUCUGCCCGUCUCUCCUGCCCUGAGCCACGCCAAAGCCCAGAACCUGGCCUCCGUCCCGGAUAGCCCGCUCUUCCGCUCCCUGUCCCCGGCCCACCCUGCCGUCCAGGGAAGCCCCGCCAGAACUGCGCAGAUGUCCCUAAGCAAUGUGCAUGUUCCUCUGGACUCCAUCAGACCCAGUAAAGUGCUGCCGGUGACUGCCUACGACAAGGACGGUGUUCGGGUUCUGCUCAAUUUUGCUUCCGAUUCUCCCCCUGGCAGGCCUGAUGUGUUGGUCAUGGUGGUGUCCAUGCUUAACACAGCGCCACUUCCUGUUCAUGGGGUGGUACUGCAAGCUGCUGUACCAAAAUCAAUGAAGGUGAAGCUACAGCCUCCUUCAGGAACAGAAUUGGCCGCGUUUAACCCCAUCCUACCUCCGGUCUCCAUUACGCAGAUCAUGCUGCUGGCUAAUCCAACAAGGGAAAAGGUUCGCCUGCGCUACAAGCUGGCGUUCACGCUUGGGGAUGUACUGUGCAACGAGGUGGGGGAGGUGGACCAGUUCCCACCGCCUGAGGCGUGGGGGCACUUAUAAAAACACACGCAUACACUUCACCAAGGAAACUAGUCUUUACGGAGACCUAUCAUCACAGCAUAAAGACAGUUCGAACAACUCAACGUUUUAGUUGGUUUCGUGAUACUUGAGGUUUUAUUUAGGUAUAGCUUUUGCGUUUUGUUUUUUUUUGUUUUGUUUUUUUUGCAGGUAACUAAAGAUAAGCACUGAUAUGAAAACAUUCAUAUUUAAAGGGGACAUAUGAAGGAAAAUUGACUUUUUAAUUGCUUGUAUGCAAGUACAGUGUACCUAGACUUUUGAGUGCUCCAAAAUGGUCAGUCUUGAUCUUUGGGGUAUUGCAAUGAAAGUAUGUCACAAACCUAUUUAAAACCAAAAUGUGUACAUUUUCUUCUAAUAUAGUAUCCUAAAUAUCUAAUAUCCGAAAUAAUUCUCCUAAAUAUGCGAGUUUUUUUUUUUUUUUUGGCCCUUCACGGCUUUUGAUCUUGACUGCAUUACAUCUGAAUGGGGGACAAAAAUGAGCACAUUUUCAGAUUUGUAACUUGAAAAUGAGUGUUAAAUAAAUCGGAUCCUCGGAAUUUGAGCAUUUAUUUGUAUUUAUUUACUGUUUAGACACAUGUCAUGUGGCAAAUAUUUUUACUUUUUAAAAUAUUGUUUGAUAUUUGUCACUGUGGAAGGAUUAGACUUUCUAAUAACCAAAUGACUUGAGUUGUAACGCAGCUUUUGUUUCAUUUGACGCUUGUUAUUUAAGUUUGUUCUCAUAUGGAUAAUUUUUCCUCAACUAUUCCUAGUAUCGGGUCGUACGGUGAUCCCUGCGGAUUCAGUUUGGCAGAUUGCUUGGCUGCAUCUUGGCGCCAAGGAGCUAUGUUGAAGUGAGUAGAUGAGCUUCCUUUUUGGCAACAGUUGUGCUUUGUCGCAAUGUUGUGGCAUCUAGAAGCAGUUAGAAACCCUCACUACUAGCAGGGGUUUCUCUAUACUUGCGGUGCGUUUUACUGUCAGUUAACAACACUGAACCUUGAAAAUGUGAAAUCAAAUACAGUAUAUGGACAUGAAUUUAAAAAUAUUCAGCCGUGGAACCGCGUCAUGGUGCUGACUCAUCAGCCUCAUUUGCAUAUGAGAUGUACAGAAGCGAGUUUAAGUGUACAUAAUUCAGAACUACUGUAUCGUCGUUUGUGAAUACGUGACAUUUACAUUUGUACAUUCAGUUUGUUUGCUGCAUGAAAUAAAGAUUUUUGUGUGAAUGG